AUAAAAUAAGGAUCCGUAAGGAAAUGGACAGACAACUUUCAACAUGCCUAUUUAAGAUUAUUCGAUAUGUCAAUGAUAAAAAAGAUCAUAUUCCACCAAUCACGUCUCUUGAUGCGAACCCAUUUCCUUAUCAGAUCGCAAUUCCUGCAACGAAUGAUUCUUGGGGAUCAAUGUUAAGAAAAAUGCUAACAGAUCCUUCGCCACCU